AUGGCGAAUUACGACUCAGAGCAGCUCAGCUGGAACACUGCACACACCAUCAACCGCCAGGGACAGUAUUGCUACUGCGGACAUGACAGGCGUCUGGAUGAACUAUCGCUUCAAUGCAAAGAAGUGCCCCUCGGACCCGUCGUCCCCUUUAUCACAAACUACAAGUUCCUCUGCAAGGCCUGCGUCCUUAAACCCACCGGAAGAAGCCACCAACAACAACAGGAGCCAAAGGAACCAAAGGAACCAGGAUCAGUCCCUGAAUUCUUCGAACGCGUCACAGCAGGGUGGAAAGAGAUUUGCGCCACCACCAUCGCCAAUCUGAUUAUACAAGAGUACCUCAAGGAGGCUCGACAGUCCAAGGGAGGACCUGGGCCAAGCAGGGAUCCACCAAACGAGGAGAAUAUGUGGUCCAAGAAUGCGGAUUAUAUGGAUUGGAAAGAGUAUCGAUACUACUUUAACAAGAAGGAUCAUAUCCUGCCAUAUGUCGAUCGGCAUUGGAAGGCGCUUUGUACAGAUCGCAGCAGGACUACUACCUGGUGGGCAACGUUGGGAAGCUGCCUUUAUAUCUCUAAGGAUGUUUUUGAAGCGACGGAUGAGCAGGCGCGUUCAGCCUCGUCUGAUUUCUGUUUGACAAAGGCCAACCUCUGGAACAUGAAGCCAGGACACAUCGCUAGCCACCAGUCGUCGAGUUCAAGGUCGCAGCUUCCAAAGGCACAGCGUGAAGGAAAGCGAAAGGCUAACGGAGCGACGGGCGAGGACAUUGGAAUAAAACGGACAGCUACAGGAAAAUCAGAAAAGAAGACAAAGGGCGCCGGAUCCAGUCAUAACCGCGCACCAGCAACACCGCCCGUCACGUCUCACACCGCCUAUAUACCCCUCCCCAACACCGUCGUCUCGACCAACAGUGGCAACAACAUCACCCCCUUUAGCACAUCCAACGAACACCCCUACAACCGGAAUAGGUUCAAGUAUGUCACUUGCGAACCUGACCCUAUCCUGCAGUACAUGCUCUAUCGACAGACAGCCAACCCGACGCUGGAUGGUGUUCGUCUGUGCAGGGAGGACAUGAGUCCGUAUAUGCUGAUUGACGAGGAGUGUAAGACAAUCACGACUGAGAAGGGGUUCCGUAUGGUUCGCGCGAACUGUGGUGUUCGGGAAGGUCAAUGGUACUACGAGGUGACGGUUGAUCGUGGAGGAGAGCCUCGUUAUGAGGGACGAGAUGGAGCGCAUGUACGACUCGGAUGGGCACGUCGUGAAGCCACACUCCAGGCACCAGUUGGAUUUGAUGCGUAUAGCUAUGGAAUUCGGGACACGACGGGCGAGAAGGUACACAUGUCGCGAGUGACGCCCUUUGGAGAGUCAUUCAAGACUGGGGAUGUUAUCGGACUAUACAUUUCACUGCCGCCAGAUGGGAACGAAAUGUCAUUCUUCAAGAACAGACGACUUCGACGAUCGUUUAAGUUCAAAGGCCAGCUCUAUUUUGAAUCGGUCGACUAUUCUCCCACCAAGCGAUACAUCGAAAUGGCAGAGUACGAAGCGACGCCGAUCAAAACCAAUAUCGACAAGCCGAUCCCUCCACCAACGAUCCCCGGCUCCAAGAUCAUUGUAUACAAGAACGGAGUCUGCCAGGGCGUGAUGUGGCAAGACUUGUUUUCAGUAUUGCCCAUCGAGCAGAAUGCGAAAGAAAAAGACCAGCUGCGUUUUGACGACGGCACGCUGGGAUACUACCCGGUCAUCUCUGUCUACAGGAACGGAACAGCCACGGCCAACUUUGGACCAGAUUUCAAGUACCCGCCCAGCAAGGAUCCCGAGGCGGAGGCAGAGAACAAGCGGAUAACGGUCGAGCAGAAUGUUUGGCGGCCAAUGUCGGAGCGGUGGGAGGAAAAGCUGAUUGAGGAGUGUCUCAUUGACUUGGUGGACGAGGUUGAGCUCUGGGUGUCUGAGCAGGCGGUUCUGGAGAGAUCAUUAGAGGCGUCGGCAUCAAGUCAGGCAGGACGAAUUGCUGGUCAGUCGCGGCUGCAGGAGUACGAUCAGAGUGAGGAUGACUACCGUCGUAGUCAGGACCGUUCGAGCGAAUCGAGGAUGGAUCGAUCUCGAGCGAGCGAGGAUAGGGAUCUGGACGACGCAGACCGUGACAUUGAUAUGGGUACGCCUGCGGAGAGGGAGAUGACUGAGGACCGUAUGGACGAUGACGAUGAACGGAGAGAUAGGGACAGGGACAGGGACAUAGAUAGAGACAGGGAGAGAGACGACCACCUCCGGGACCGACUGGGUCAUCGACAGAGCCACCACCACCACCACCGCCACGGCGAUGACGAUUACUCGGGCGACGACCGUUUGCAGCAGGACGUUGAGAUGCACACGCGUUACGAUGACGACGAGUAUGAUGCGAGGAGAGGGGACCCAGACGAUCAACGCCACAGUAGUAGCCAUAGUAGCCACAGACGGGAUGAUCAAGUGUCAGACGAUGAUGACAGACAUUACCAGUAG